AUGUCCAAUAUUGCCAAAGCGGAGUCACCUCAACCUGAUGCUUUUGCUAAUGCACUAGCUGGAGCUGCAGGAGGGGCUCUUUCCAUGGCUCUCACGUAUCCCUUGGUUGCAGUCACUACAAAAAUGCAGACGCAGGUUUCAAGAGAGACAGCGUCAGACGAGAAACAAAUUGAGUCUGAGAGGAAACAAGGUCUGCUUGCCACUGUUAAAGAAAUAUAUCGUAAAAAUGGUAUAGUUGGGUUUUUCGCGGGUCUGGAAAGCGCUAUCAUAGGUAUGGCCUUUUCGUCAUUUGUAUACUACUACUGCUACGAAGCGUCAUCCCGGUUUAUCAUGAAAAAUACUCAUAAGUCGAGUUUGAACACCGCUGAGUCAAUGCUGGUCGGAACUGUAGCGGGCUCUAUCAACGCCGCAGCAACAAAUCCGUUCUGGGUCGCAAACACAAGAAUGACCGUGGAGAAGAGCGACCAAAACACUCUACGCACAAUUUUAGAAAUUUCACGAACGCAGGGUCCUAUGACCUUGUUCAAUGGACUCAAGCCAGCACUCCUUCUCGUGAUCAACCCAAUAAUCCAGUACACGGUGUUCGAACAGUUGAAAAAUCGAGUUUUGGAACGACGUAAUUCUAGAACCUUGAGCCCCUCAUGGGCUUUUGUAUUGGGCGCACUUGGGAAACUUGUGGCUACGGGUACCACUUACCCAUAUGUUACCAUGAAAGCUAGGAUGCAUUUGGAAGGGAAAAAAAAGGAAAAUGGAGAGAACUUGAACGCACCAAAUUCGUUGGUUUCGCUCAUGUUAGAAACCAUCAAAAAGAAUGGGGUUUCUGGAUUGUACAGGGGCAUUGGUUUGAAAUUGGUGCAAAGUGUUCUUACCGCGGCGUUUUUGUUUUUCUUCAAAGAAGGCUUACUUCUUUGGAGCAUCAAGACUUUGAGAACACUUUCAUUAUUGAACAGAAGGAGGCGCAUCCCAAACAAGAUCUGA